AUGAACCACCAGCUACCCACUAUGCCCCAUGGGCAGCCGCCUAUGGCUCCUUCCAGGAGACAACAAGACUAUGCUUAUAACCCAGGUCCUCCCAACAUGCGAUCCCCGCUUUAUAUGGGGGGGUAUCCGCCGCACAUGAACGGGAUGAACGGGAUGAAUGGGAUGAACAAUAUGAAUGGAAUGAAUGGCCAUAUGCCGCCUGCAUAUGCCCCCCAACAGUACAAUCAUUCAUGGUACCCUUACGGUCCGGCACAGCUUCCUCCACGCCAGUUCCAUCAUCAGCCUUAUGGACCAAUGAUGGUAUCCAUGUACCCGCCCUCACACCAUGUUAUGGCCCCGAGUCACCAUCCCCAAGUUUUACCUAUGCAGCCUCCGACAUCAACAUCGCUGCAACCAACCAUGUCCCCAUCGAUCCAAGUGCCUCUCCAACCUGAGCUCCAGGAUCAUGUCCUCUCACACCAGCCGCCUCUUCACCAAUAUCCCGUCGCGUCUUCCCCACCUCGAUGGGAGCCCAAAUCCAUCCCAGAAUUCAAACCGGCUUUUGUUGCUCCUGUACCCUGGUUAUCGGUGCCCGAAGCUUCCUUCCCCGCCAGAGCAGCACUGCGUCGAAGAAAUAGUCCUUUGCGAGACUCUGUGGAAUUCCCUAAGAAGGAUGGACAAUGGAUAAUCGGGCCGAGAAAGGGAGAAAUCGAGCCUAUCGAAGAGGUGAAACCCGCAGAUCUUGAGAUCAAGCUUAUUCCUAAGCCUCUGACUCCAACAACUUCUGUCUCUCAAUCGGAUGCAAACUCGACCCAACCCACAACUCCUUCAUCCAUGGCGAAGUCUGAUGCCCAGCAGAAGACUCCAAAGCCCACCCUGCCUGUCGUUCCUGUAGUGCCAAAUGUCCCAGCUACCCCGCGUCGCCAGACUAAAGACAGCCCCAGUGCCACAUCUGAGACUCCCAGAUCCAACCCAGUGACUGAAACGGACGCCAAUUCGGACUCUGCGAUCACCAACGAAGACCUAUCCAAGCCGUCGUCGCCUGCUCCUGCCACUGUUCCUAAGUCUUGGGCGGAGCUUCUUCGAUCGCAACAAGCCGCUAAGUCCGCUAGCGCAGCAGCCUCAACCCAGCCCAGCACAGCGACCACGCAAAAGAGCGAAACCCUUGCAGAUAUCUUAAGCAGCCUCGGUGACGAUGUCAGCAAAUAUAGCGACAAGAUUGCUUUCCUCGAGCCUCGAGGACUGGUCAACACCGGGAACAUGUGUUAUAUGAACUCUGUACUGCAGAUUUUGGUCUCAUGCGUGCCAUUCCAUCAGUUCCUUGACUAUGUUGGUCGCAGAUCUGCGCACAGCUUUCACAGUGAUGUGCCUUUGAUUGAUGCCCUGAUAAUGUUCAUGCGAGAGUUCCGUGUCAUUGAUGCAGCUACUUCUGAGGAGCAGCUCAAGAUGCGCUUGAAGCCCAAUGAGCUCGAGAAGUAUGGCGACUCUUUUGUUCCUGAAUUUGUCUACGAGAUGAUCCGGCAGUUGCCUCGCUUCAGAGAUAUGCGACGUGGCCACCAGCAGGACGCCCAAGAAUUUUUGGGCUUCCUCCUGGAAGAGCUCCAUGAAGAAUGUGACCGAGCUAUUCAACAUGCUCAAAAGGCUGAAGAAGCACAGCGUGCCGAAGGUGCUGUGAAUGGAGCAUCCGGUGAUGGGUGGUUGGAGGUUGGCCACAAGCAGAAGGCAGCCUUGACUCAGUCAUCUGGUGCUCACGCAACCGAAUCUCCCGUCACAAGGAUAUUCGGAGGCAAGUUGAGGUCGGAAUUUAAGGUGCCUGGCAACAAGACCUCGGUCACCAUGGAGCCUUACCAGCCCUUACAGCUUGACAUUGGAUCCCCCGAAGUCCAUAACAUCAUUGACGCUCUCAAGGGACUAACCAAACCAGAGAGCAUCCAGGGUGAUUUUAACUCGUCUCGUGGACCUAACGUCACUGCGACCAAGCAAAUCUUUAUUGAGACCAUGCCCCCGGUCCUCAUUCUCCAUCUGAAACGUUUCCAGUACGACAGUCUGACCGGUGCCACUCAAAAGAUUUGGAAGAAGGUUGGCUACCCGCUUGACUUGGAAAUUCCCCGGGAGGUCUUCCCUGCCCACCGACGCAACACUUUGACCGCUUCUGGUGGCCUUCCUCAGUACCGUCUAAUGGGUGUCAUCUACCACCAUGGAAUGAAUGCCAGUGGCGGACAUUACACUGUCGAUGUGAGACGACAGGACGGACGUGAGUGGAUCCGUAUGGAUGAUACAGUCAUCCGCCGCGUCCGCAGUGAAGAUGUAGCUGAAGCUGGUGGCGAGGAAGACCCCAAGGUGCUUGCAGCUGCCUUUGAGCAACAAAAACAUGAUAAGAAUCCUCGUGCCAACAUCUUUGACCACAUUGACCAGGAUGACAUGGACUCUGCAGACAAUGACAAGGGCUGGAGCCAAGUCAAUGGAAAUGGAUCUAGCAGUCACGCAAGCAAGAAAUCUGUCAAUGGCGUCACACCUUCUCCUGCUGCUUCCUCGGGCGUCCGAACUCCCAUAGGCAGAUAUGGCUCUCGCGAUAACCGCGUUGCCUACUUGCUGUUUUACCAGCGCAUGGCUUGA